CAUUCAGAAAACGCACACAAAAGAAAAAGAGAAUUUUUUAUUAUUUUUUUAAUUUUUAAUUUCAAAGUUUCAUUUCAUUGUCCUGUUUACUGAUCUCCUCUCGUCUUUUUUUUUUCUCCUGCAAGAGAAGGAGAUCCAUUUGAAGCCCUGGCCAUUUUCCGUCCAUGGCGUUCUUAUUGGCUUCCACCCAAUUUUUCCGGCUUCUAUAUGAUUGUUAAUCUCGCCUUUUCUCCCAGUCGUCGCCGGGAAAUGGCCGAUAAGCCGCCUGCAGAUGGGUUCUUAACCUCGCCGCCGCCGGCUAGGGUUUCACUGUGCUCUCGGAAUCCCACAUAAUUUUUCUUUUUGUUAUUCUUCAGACGAGAUUUGUCCGAUCAAUCGGGGGCAUUUGGAAUUAAUUGGAGCGUUGAAGGGGGCUGUUGGUUUCGUCUGUUUUAGGGCUCAAAUUGAUGGCGAAGGGCGGGUUUUUUGUCGAUAAGAUUCGGAGAUGUUUAAGGACGUUGUUCUUUAUGGUGGCGAUGUUGGCGUCCCUUCUCGUGUCGUCGUUGCCCGUUCUUGUGGCCAUCGGAGACAUUUUGGUGCCCUGUAUUUUGAUCUCCAGCUUUACGUGCGUUCGGUGCUACGGCUUCAAAGAGCAUUUGCGUCGAUACGCUUUCAAAAGUUCUUUGACUGAUAUCCCUUUUGUUUCCAUGAUCAGAUCUCUCAUUAUUAUCUGCGUUUAUUCAAUGUGUGAUGGCCCUGCUCUUUCCAAUGGCCCUUACCUCGGAACAGUGACUUUAUGCUCCUUCAUCUCCAUUCUUGUUCUUUCUAUCAAGGUUUGUGUCUUUACAGUAAACUCCCAAAUCGAGGCUGAAGCCCAAUCUUCCCCCUCUAGGCAGAAGCUUCAUUUAAAGAAAUCAUGGGGGAUGCCGGUUUUGUUCUUGUCUUCAGUAGCCUUUGCCCUUGGACAUACGGUGGUGGCAUACAGAACAAGCUGCAGAGCACGUAGAAAGCUUCUGUUGCAUCGAGUUGACCCAGAAGCUACCCUUUCUUGCAAAAAUGUAUUCUCUGGCUACCAGAAGAUCCCUCGAUCUCCCACUCCCUGCGGAUCAAGAACUCCAAAGAGUGACAGUGAAAUCAAGUGGAAAGUUUCAGGCAAUGCCCGGGAUGAGAGCGAGCUUCCAGUUAGAUUACUCGCUGACAUCGAUAGUUUGUUCAUCACAUGCCAAGGGCUUACCAUCCAUUACAAGAUCAGCUUGCCCCGGUCACCACCGCGGUCAUUGUCCUCUGCUGCUUUUCUCGAACCACCUAGCUAUAGUUGCAACUCCCCAAAGAAAGCCAUGGGGAGGCCAGUAGUUGACAGGCAUCCAUUUAGCGUCUUAUCAAAAAACCAACACAAUAUCCAUAGAAGCUAUAGCAAUCAGUUUCACAGUUCAUCUCUCUAUGAUCCACUAUUGGAUGGCUCUGCAACAACUUCUCCAGUUCUUUGUGAUGAAAUUCCUGUGAUAAGCCUAGACGAAGUUGAAGAAGAGGAAAUGUGCAAAGGUAGCUUAGAUGGCAACUCAGAGAGUAAUGGGCAAUUCGGCAUCGUCUUGGUGCACGGUUUUGGAGGAGGAGUGUUCUCAUGGAGACAUGUGAUGGGGGUGCUUGCAAGGCAGACCGGUUGCAAAGUUGCUGCUUACGAUCGGCCCGGUUGGGGAUUAACUUCAAGGCUCCGUGCUGAAGACUGGGAAGAAAAAGAAUUGCCUAAUCCCUACAAGCUUGAAAGUCAGGUGGAGUUGCUGCUUUCAUUUUGCUCGGAGAUGGGGUUUUCUUCGGUGGUGUUAGUGGGUCACGACGACGGAGGUGUGCUUGCUCUCAAGGCAGCGGAAAGGCUUAGAGGAUCAAUAAACGCAUUCAAUGUUUGGAUUCGAGGGGUGGUGUUGCUGAGUGUGAGCUUAUCAAGAGAGGUGGUUCCUGGGUUCGCGAGGAUUCUGCUGAGAACAUCGCUGGGGAAGAAGCACCUGGUUCGGCCUCUGCUGCGAACUGAAAUAACUCAAGUGGUGAACCGCCGUGCCUGGUACGAUGCUUCCAAGCUAACCACCGAGGUCCUAAAUCUCUAUAAGACGCCGCUGUGUGUGGAAGGGUGGGAUGAAGCGCUGCAUGAGAUAGCGAGAUUGUCUUACGAGACGUUUCUCUCUCCGCAAAAUGCGGAAGCGUUGUUGAAGGCGGUGGAAGAGAUGCCAGUGCUCGUCGUGGGUGGAGUUGAGGAUGCUCUCGUCUCUCUCAACACUUCUCAAGCAUUGGCUUUCAAACUCCGUAAUUCUAGACUUAUAACGAUAUCUGGAUGCGGACAUCUUCCACACGAGGAAUGCCCGAGCGCCUUACUCGCUGCACUCUCACCCUUCAUCUCCAGAAUUUUGCAGAAGCCCGACUCCUCCGACAACACCACCACCAUCACCAUCCAAUAAUACAAACAGUCCCCCCAUCCUCCUUUCUUCAAUUAUAGAUUAAAAAAAACAAGAUAGAUAGAUUCGCAAUCCAUCAGCACACCAGGGUUGGGUUCCUUUUCCUCCCUCCAUCCCUCCUUUAGACCCUUUUUUUCUCUUUUUCUUCUUAUCUAAGAACCAUCACCCACAAGAAAAUAGGCAAAAAAAAGUCAUUUCUUUGGGUUGAGUUUUUGAGGCCCUUUUUAUCAUCCCCCAACCAAACCAAAAAGUCCACAAGGGUUGUCCUAUGUAUGUUGUAGAGUCUGUCUUUCCCCUUCUCCCAUUCUCUUUUCUCUGAACCAUAUUGUUAUUCCCACCAUGUGUUGUGCAGAUAACCCCCCUAUAAUUUGUACAUUUUUUGUUCUAGACAUUGAUUAGAUUUCGAAUCCCAAUCAAUUUAUCCAA